AUGUCUGAGAGUGAAAAUUUCAAAUUAAGAAGAGAAAUAAUAUAGCUGAAAAAACAGAUUGAAUAGUUGAGAGAGGAUGGUCGUUAGAAGGAUUAAAGAGUAGCAUUUUUGGAAGCAGAAUAAGAAUUUCAUUAGGGGAGAUAUGAAGAAUAGAAGGCAAAAUAUAAUGAUUGUUUUACAAGAAUGAGAGAAUUAGAAAAAAUGGUGAAUAGAGAUGAUGCAUAUACAAAAGAGACACUAAAAAAUUAAUUAGAUAAAGCAAAAGAUGAUUUAGAUAGAGAGAAGGCAGCAGUUUAAUAAUAUAUUGAUUAAUUAGAGAAAGUGAAACUUGAGAAUGGUAAUUUAAUGUGGUAGUUGACAUAAUUAUCAUUAAAAUAUAAGGAUGAAAAUAUAGUGAAAGAUGAAUUUCAUUAUAGAGAUGAGGUAUAAGACAAUAGAGAGAAAUUGAAAAAUUUAGUUGAGAAAACAAAUGCAUUGAAUUAGGCAAUAGAAAGAUUAAGUGCAGAGAAUAGAGUAUUAAGAAAGAUGGCAGGAGUUCCAGAUGAUUAUUAAUUUGAAUUAGAUGAUGUUAUUUAAGAGGGAUAAUUAUAAGUAGAGAAAUACAGAGCUUAAGUGAUAGAAUUAGAGAGAGAGGUAGAAGAAUUAGAAGAAGAAAGAGCAAGAUUGAGAAGAAAACUAAGAGAAUAAGUAGCAGGAGGAGAAGUAAAUUUAGAAGAAUUUGAUUCAUAAUCAAAUAAUUAAUUGAGAAAAGAAAAUUAGGAAUUGAGAAAUAAGGUAAAGAUGUUAGAAGAAGAAAAUGCUCAUAUUCGUUAAAAUUAGUAAGAGUUUGGAGGAGUUGGUAUGGGCACAUAAUAAGGUAUGAUGAGAAUAACAAAUGAUCAAAUGUAAGAAAUGAUGUAAAAAUAACAACAAGAAUUAAAAGAAUAGCUAUAAGAGAUAGUUAAAACUAUGAAGGGGUAAAACUUUUAAGAAACUACUUAAGUUAAAUAAUCCAUAAUUUAAUAAAAAUAAGUUGUUGAUACAACUGGAUUAGAUAAAUUAAGUGUUCCUCCUAAUCCUAUACCAGGAGCAUUUGGAAAUUAUAAUGAUAUUAAAGAAGGUUAUAGUUAGCGAUUUAAUGUUAGAUUUCCAGUAGAUAUGUCCUCAGCUUAUGGGGAUUCUGGUAUGGAUCAAAUGUAAUUGAAAUAUGAAUUAGCAUCAUUAUAAUUAUAAAAUAUUGAGACUUUGAGAUUAUUAUAAUAAAAGGAAGCAGAGUAUACUAAUUUAUUAUAAGAAGUUACAACAAUUAAGGAAGACAUUAAAGGAAAGUGUUUAUUAGUUUAAGAUCAAUUAUUUAUUAAGUACAUUGAAGAAAGAGAUAAGUUUAAGGUGAUGUUUGGAGAAAUUUAAGAGAAAUAUAAGGCUUAAUUAGAUUUAAAUGUAGAGGCUAAAAUAAAAUUAGCACAUUAUGAAGAUUUUAUGAGAGACAGGGAUAAACCAAAAAAAGAGUUAGAAGAUAAAUUAGGAGAAAUGGCUAAAAGAACUGCAAUUUUAGAUGUCAAUUUAAUAAAAUUAUCAAGAAAGUAUGAUGCAUUGACAGAAGAAUAUAAAUAAAUGAAAACAAGUUAUACAAUUGUGGAAAGUGAAAGUAUUGCAAAAGAAAAAGAGUUACUUGAGAAAAUUUAUAAUUUAAUUUCAUGGAAGAAAUCAGCUGAAGAACAUAUGAAAGUUAUGAUAAAAGAACUAAAGAAUUCAGUUCCAGCUGAUGAGUUUAAUAAUCUUAGAUAAAAAUUAGAAUAUACUUAAGAUAAAUUAGCUAAUGCUUAAUUAAAAGAAGCUGAAUUCUAAAAGAGAAUUGCAGUACUUGAAAGUCAUGAAAGAGAAGCAUUUGAGAGAGGUGAAAGAAUUAGAUAAUUAGAAGAAGAAUUAGUAGAAAUUUAAUUGGAAGAAGAAGUUAUUAAAAAAAGAUUAUAAAGUUUUGAUCCUGCUUUUGAUAAAUAUGUUAAAAUAUAUCAACAUAUUGUUGAGUAUAUUAAGAUUAAAAAUAUUUCAGUUAUUGAAAUAUUUAAAUUGUUUGAUGAAAAUGGAGAUAAUAAAAUUUCAAGAAAUGAAUUUACUACUGCUAUUGGUAAUAUUGGAGUUCCAGUCUCUAAUGAAGAUAUGGAAAUUGUAUUUAUGUUUGUAGAUUUAGAUGGAACUGGAUAAAUUGAAUAUCAAGAAUUUAUUAGAAAACUUAAAAGAUCAGGAAUCAAUCUUAGAAAACCAGAAGAUUAAUUACUAUAUUAAUUAUAUAAUGCAAUCAAAGAAUCAGGAUAUGAUUUACGAUCUGCUUUCUAAGCAUUUGAUACUAAUUGUGAUAAUAUUAUUUCAAAACCAGAUAUGAAAGAAGCCUUAGUUUAGAUGAAUAUUAAACAUGAUCAAAAAGCAAUUGAUUAUAUAUUUAGAAUGGCAGACACAAGUGGAGAUAAUUAAAUAAAUUAUGAAGAAUUUUAUGUUCUAUUUGAUGAAAUUGUUAAAAGUGAAUUAAUCAAUUAAGGAAAAUCAAUAUAAUUAACUUUAGAUAUUAAGUAUUAAAUUAUGUGUAAAUUGGAUCAAUCCAUUAAAGAUUAAAGAUUAACAUUAUUAGAUGUUUUUAAUAUGAUUGAUAGAGAUGGAGAUCAAAUUAUAACAUUGAUGGAAUUUUAAGCUUUAUUCAGAGAGUUAGAGGGAGGUAUUUCACCAGAUUUAGUAAGAUAAUUAUUUGAUUAAAUGGAUUUAGAUCGUAAUGGAUAAAUAAGUUAUAAUGAAAUGUUAAAUUAUUUGAGAACAGCAAAAACAGAGGAGGAAAAAUACUAAAAAUUAUAAUUUAUAUAAUAAAGAACAGAAUAAUUGAAAAGUUUAUAGGAAGCGGAUUUGACACUUUAAAAAGCUAAAAUGGAGAAUAGAGGUUAAACUUUAGAAGAUAGAUUAAAAAUGAAAAUAAGUAUUUUGGAAAUGAGAGAAAAGAAUGCUUAAUAAAAAAGUGAAGUAUUACUUAGUCAAUUGACUAGUACAGAAUUGACACUAAAAGAUACUACUAAAACACUAUUUGAAUUAUAAAAUUAAAUGGAAAAAUCUAAUGAUACUUUUUAUAGAGAUAGAGAAGAGAAACUCAUGUUAUUAGAAAGAUUAAAGGGUGCAUUAUCUAGAGAUGAAAGUGAAAAAAUAACAAAAUAAUUAGAAUAAUAGAGAUUAACUAUUUCUGAUUAAAAUAGUGCAAUUACUACUUAUAGAUAAUUGUAUGAUACAGCAGUCAUGCAAACGAAAAGUAUGAAAUUAACUAUAGAAAAAAUGAAAAAUGAUACAGAUACUAUGUAAUAGACAAUUAAAGAGUUAUAGGCAAUUUCAGAUUAAAAUAUGAUGAUAGGCAAAUUAUAUCAUCACCUUAUGGUAGCAAGAUGGCAUGAAGCACAAACUAAUUAAAAAUAUGAAAAAGUAUUAGAUGAAUUAAGAAAACUGAAAUUAUAAUCUGAAUCAUAUGAUGCUACAAUUCUUAAACAAUCUUAAGAAAUCAUUUAAUAAAAUACAAUAUUUUCAGAAUAAAUUAGAUCAUAUGAAUAAUAAAUCACUGAAUUGAAAUUAAAAAUAUUACCUACUGUUACUUUAUAAAGAGUGGAAGAAUAAGCAAAAAGAGUUAAAGAAUUAUCAGAUAUGAAAGCAGAAGUUGAAAGAUAGAAUAGAGAAUUAAGAGAUAGAUUUUAUGAGUUAUAACUAAAAGCAGAUUAUUUUGAUAAUUACAAAGAAAAAUUAGACAAUUUAGAAAGAACAUUAAGAUAAAAUAAUCCGGAUGAACUUAGUUAGUAAAUUAUUGCUGUUAGUUAAAAAUUAUCAGAUGAAAAAAUAGAAUUACUUAGAGUAAGAAGAGAAAUGUAAGUAAGUGCUGAAAAACAAGAAUACUAUUAAAGAUUAAAUAAAUAAUAUACUGAUACGAUUAAAAAAUUAGAAUAUGAAUUAGCCCAUGCUGAUUUAGAUUUGAGAAAAAGAGAAGAAGAUUGGAGGAGAAGAUUUUAUGAAUAAAGAAAAACUAUUUUUGCUUAAUUAGGACUAAUUGAAAAAGAUGAUAUGAAAGAAUUUUCUUAAAAAAAUACAGAUGCUAGUAAAUUACUAAUUGAUAUAAUAUAGAAGAAAUAAAAAGAGAGCAUGGAAUAACAAAAUUAACCUACUGAAUAGUAGUAAAUUGAAAAUUCAUAAUUAAUAAAGAGAAUUUAAGAAUUAGAAGCUUCAGUAAAAGCAAAAAAUAUAGAAAUUGAAGGAUAUAUAGAAAGAUAAAAAAUUGUUGCAGGAGGUUCCAUAGUCUUUUAAUAAUAAUAAUUGGAAGAUUAUACUAAAACUUUAUUAGCUUAGGAAGCUGAAAAGGUUUCAGUUGCUGGUUAAUAAAUGCUUAAAGCUAUGCAAGAAAUAAUAAAAGAUAAAGAUAGAGAAUUAGAAAGAAAGGAAUAAUAAAUAGAAGCUAUGAGGUAAGAGACUCUUCUACAUAAAAAAAAAGAUAUAUCAGAAAUUUAACGAUUAACUGACUUAUUACAUAAAAGAGAUUAAGCAUAAUAAGAAGCUAGCAAAAUGGGUAAUAAUAAUAAUUACAAUAACUUUUCCUAUUUGUAAUAAAAUUAGAUGUCUGAAUUGUAACCAGUUUUAAUUGAAAAAUAUUAACAACAAUUAUCUGAAAAAGAUAGAAAAAUUAAGGAUUUAGAAUUAUCUUUUGAAGCAGAGAAAAAUGCAUUAAAAAAAGUAAAAGAGGAAUUAAUCAGAACUAUUUCAAUCAAAGAAUAGUUAGAAAUAGAUCUAGAGAAUGAAAAGAAAUUGAAUGAAAGCAUGUAAUAUGUUUAAAAAAUUGAGAAACUAUAAAAUUUAGUUAAUGAAAAGAAUAAUCAAUUAGCUUCUUUAAAAAAAACUGUUGUUGCUCUCAAAGAAGAAUAAUUUAAAAUAGCAGGAGAAUCUAUGAAUAAAGAAUAAACUUUUAAAACAAAAGAAGCAAAAUUAAAUAAUAAUACUACAGAACUUGAAACAAGAUUAACUAAGAUGGUUAAUGAUAUGAAAUUACUAAAAGAAGAAAUUAAAGAUAAGUAAAAAAAGCUAGAAUAACUUUAAGAGAAAGAAAUCUAAAAUAGAGCUUAAAUGACUGAUUUGCAAAAGAAAAACUAAGAACUUAAAGCUAUAAUUUAAGCAGGAGGAGGUAAAUUAGAAGAAUAAGAUUAAACUGUAUCAAAUAUUCAAGCUAAGCUUUAAUAAUUUAACUAAAUGUCAAUGGAAAAAGUACAAUUAGAAAGAGAAAUUGCAUUUUUGAAAUAGUAAGGAGGAACAAGAGAAUUAUUUGAUAAAGAUGCCACAUUAAAACCCUCUGCUGGGUUAUAUUUUAAGACUUUUCCAGAAUUGUUAGAUACACUCAAAUAAUAUUUGAUUACAAAACCAAAAUUUGAUUUACUUGUUGAGUUUAAAAAAUUGGAUAAAUAAUUUACAUAUGUCUUACCAAUGCCAAAAUUUUUUGAAGUAUUAUCAAAUGCUGGUGUAAAGUUGAAAACAAGGUAUUGAAUAAUUAUAUAUUUUUUUAGAGAUUAAAAAUUAGUUAUUGAUACUAUAAAAACAAAGGAUGAAAAUGCUGAUUACUAUUUUAAAUUUUAUUAUGUUUAUAAAGGUUGGUCUGACAAUUUAGUUUAAACUGAUCAAGAGGAUAAAACUUAAUAGCAAUAAUAACAAUAAUAAAUUUAAUAAUAAUAGUCAUAAAAAUUUAGUUUAAAAAAUAAAAAAUGA